GCUGCACCAACAACCACAACAGCUGCACCAACAACCACAACAGCUGCACCAACAACCACAACACAAGCACAAACAACCACAACAGUUGCGCCAACAACCACAACUACUGCAGCAACAACCACAACAGUUGCACCAACAACCACAACAGUUGCGCCAACAACCACAAUAGUUGUGCCAACAACCACAACAGCUGCACCAACAACCACGACAGCUGCAACAACAACCACAACAGCUGCACCAACAACCACAACACAAGCACAAACAACCACAACAUUUGCGCCAACAACAACAACAGUUGCACCAACAACCACAACACAAGCACAAACAACCACAACAUUUGCACCAACAACAACAACAGCUGCACCAACAACCACAACACAAGCACAAACAACCACAACAAUUGCGCCAACAACAACAACAGUUGCACCAACAACCACAACACAAGCACAAACAACCACAACAGUUGCGCCAACAACCACAAUAGUUGCGCCAACAACCACAACAGCUGGACCAAAAACCACGACAGCUGCACCAACAACCACAACAGUUGCACCAACAACCACAGCUGCACCAACAACCACAACAGUUGCACCAACAACCACAACAACUGCACAAACAACCACAACAGUUGCACCAACAACCACAACACAAGCACAAACAACCACAACAGUUGCGCCAACAACCACAACAGUUGCACCAACAACAACAACAGUUGCACCAACAACCACAACACAAGCACAAACAACCACAACAGUUGCGCCAACAACCACAAUAGUUGCACCAACAACAACAACAGUUGCACCAACAACCACAACACAAGCACAAACAACCACAACAGUUGCGCCAACAACCACAAUAGUUGCACCAACAACCACAACAGCUGCACCAACAACCACAACAGCUGCACCAACAACCACAACAGUUGCACCAACAACCACGACAGCUGCAUCAACAACCACGACAUUUGCACAAACAACCACAACAGCUGCACCAACAACCACAACACAAGCACCAACAACCACAACAUCUGCACCAACAACCACAACACAAGCACAAACAACCACAACAGUUGCACCAACAACCACAAAACAAGCACAAACAACCACAACAGUUGCGCCAACAACCACAACUACUGCAGAAACAACCACAACAGCUCAACCACAAAGCGUCCAGCAACCACAAAACGUCCAGCAACCACAAAACGUCCAGCAACCACAAAACGUCCAGCAACCACAAAGCGUCCAGCAACCACAAAACGUCCAGCAACCACAACAACUCCAGUUCAAACCCGGCCUCCACCAACAGUAA